UUUCAACUCAUUUUCUGAACAUUCACGAUUCACGUCAACUCUGUAUUUUCAAUUUCUUUCUCGAGUCUCUUGGAACGUACAGUGUUUUAGUUUGACCUAUUCUCGUCUUUAGCAAUUUUUUAAAUAAUCAUGGAUGCUAAUCAAAAAGUUCAAGGUAUUUUAGAUCAACUAGUCCUAGAGAAAUUCAAGAAGGAUUUUUAUGCCGAUCAGAAAAAUGUCCUAGCUCAAAAUGUUUGCUCCAAAAUUGAUCCCUUUGAAGCAGCAUUAAGAAGAAAAACCUUAGAAGAAACCCAGCAUGUGUUCAAUCAUAAGAUUGAAGCUGAAGCCAAACCUAUCACGAAUCAACGUAGUUCAGGGCGUUGUUGGAUAUUUGCUGCCUUAAACGUGAUGCGUUUACCCUUCAUGAAACACCACAAUGUAGAGGAUUUCGAAUUCUCCCAGUCCUAUAUAUUUUUCUGGGACAAAAUCGAAAGAUGUAACUGUUUUCUUAACAAUAUCGUUGAAACUGCGAGAAGAAAUGAGAGUGUCGAUGGACGUUUGGUUUCGUUUUUGUUACAUGAUCCAACAUGUGAUGGCGGCCAAUGGGACAUGUUGGUCAAUCUUAUUAACAAACAUGGUCUUAUGCCUAAAAAAAAUUUCCCUGAAUCAUUCAGUUGCGAGCAGAGCGUCAAAAUGAACCAGGUUUUGAAAAGCAAACUACGUGAGUAUGCUAAAUGCAUCAGAGAACUCAUUUCUAAGGGUGGAAGCGACGGUGAUAUUCAAAGUCUAAUAUCUGAACAAAUGACUAAUAUUUAUAGAAUAGUGGGCAUCUGUUUAGGAAUACCAAGUGAAUCAUUCACCUGGUCAUACUAUGAUAAGAACAAGGCGUUUCAUAGUAUUGGACCAGUGACACCUAAGGAAUUUUAUGAACAACAUGUCAAGCCUCAUUUCAAUGUUGAUGAUAAGAUUUGUUUAGUGACUGAUCCCAGGCCAACCAAUGAAUACGGAAAAGUUUACACUGUGGAUUGUCUGGGCAAUAUGGUAGGCGGUAGAAGGUGCAUUUACAACAAUCAACCCGUUGAGUUAUUGCUCGAUUUGACAGCAAAAAGUAUCAAAGAAGGUGAAGCCGUUUGGUUUGGAUGCGAAGUUAGUAAGAGAUAUGUUGCCAAAAAUGGCAUACAAGACAUAAAAGCACAUGAUUUUCCACUAGUAUUUGGUGUUGACAUUCAAGUGACUUUAUCAAAAGCUGAUCGUCUGUUAUAUGGCGAAAGUGCUAUGUCACAUGCCAUGGUUUUCACUGCUGUUAGUACAAAUGAAAAAGGCGAGGUGGAAAAACUAAGAGUGGAAAACUCUUGGGGCGAAGAACGAGGUGAAAAAGGUUACCUUAUCAUGACUUCUGACUGGUUCAAAGAAUUUACUUUCGAAGUCGUCAUUGACAAGAAAUACGUACCAAAGGAGGUGCUGGAUGUUUUCAACCAGGAACCCAUUAUUUUACCAGCUUGGGACCCUAUGGGGACCUUGGCUCACUGAUAUUCUAUGAAAUGUAACACUAAAUCAUUUAUGAUAUAUUGGUUUAUAUUGCCCUCAAUUAUAUUUUUUAAUUUGAUUUACAAAUAACCUGAGACUGGCUUUUUUACUCUCAGUUACCAUUUUAUUUCUUACUAAUAAAGUUAUAAAUAAUAAGACUGUAUAUUAUAAUUUUUAUGUAUGUAGUACUUAAAAAUUCGCAAAUUAAGAUUAGCCUUUUGAUUAAUGAUAUUAUACAUUUUCGAGUAACUUGCCAAUGCCAACGGUACCCUAUAUUUUAUUUGUUUUUAUGAAGCUGUAGUGGUUUUGAUUGUUAAUGUGAAGUGAAUAAAAAGAGGUGCAAGUUUUG